AUGGGAAAGUUCAAUGGUCAUGUAUACCCAGGGCUGUAUCUUUUCUCUUAUGGACUGUAUCAGGCAGCAGUGGUCUUUAAGACCACCAUAGUCAAUGACUCUCUUCUGUAUCCUUCAUGUCCUCCCAGAAAUAAGGGAAUAUGGGCCAGGCUGUGGGAAAUAUCCUACCAAGGUUUGUUGAAAAUAGUGACCGGCUCUAUCUUUACGAUUUAUGUGAUCUUCUGUCUUGAUGAUGGAAUGGUGUUGAUGAACAGGGAAAUGCCACCGAGAUUUAUGUACCCCAAAGAGUGGCAGCACCUCACCAUGUUCAUCCUCCUCACCCUCAAUGGCUGUGUAGAUGUCACGAGCAAGAACUUGCUGCCUCAGAGGUGUGUGCUCCUAGAAAAAGGUGCCCUGGUCCUGAUCUUCUACGUGCUCCUGAUACUGUUGGUGUCACAUGUUCAAGAUUCGACAGGGGUGGAGCUGCAGGUUCAUUCUCUACUCAUCUUGGUGGUGUUCCUGCUCAUGCUGGUGUUCACUGUUGAGCUGUGGGCUCCCAACGCAUUUCACCUCUCAAUGAUUGAGACCUUUCUGUUUCUGAUGAUGGGCUCCUGGCUGAUGCAGGCAGGCUUUAUUCUGUACAGACCAGUCACCGGCUACCCAUGGCAGGAUGAUGACAUCAGUGACAUCAUGUUUGUCACCACCUUCUUCUGCUGGCAUGUGAUGAUCAAUGCUUUGUGUCUACUGGGAACAUAUGGCAUCUCUUCCUUUUGGCAUCAUUGUUACAGUCCCAGGUCGAAGCUGACAGGACCAAAAAAGCUUCCAUAUUAUACAAACACUGAAGGACCCGACUACCAAUUGCUGCCAGAAGUGGAGCAGUCAGAGAAAGAUGACCAGGCUCUUCUCCUCCCAGAAAGCUCACCCUGA